CAUCCAUCACACGCUCGUUACGAUCAUGGAAUUUGUCGGAGAAGAUAUUUUGCUUGCUAUAUUUUCCUUUCUGGAUGUCAAAGCGCUGUGCAUUGCAAGCCAAGUUUGUCACCAGUGGAAUGAAAUAUCGAAUUCCAACAUCCUGUGGAAAUCACAUGUGCGGCAGCUCUGCAACCGACGGAAGAUUUCAGCUCAUCUUGGUAGAGCUGAAGACUGGAAAUCGCGCUUUGCUCAGCUCUUUACAGGACGUUUGUAUCCAAGAUCGACUGCGAAAACAGAAAAAAAACUGAGUUUCGAUACUUUGACGUCUAUGUUAGUUCCAGUAGAGGCUAGAAAGUUCGUCGAGUUGACGAUCAAGAAGAAAAUGCCAAUCCGCGAUUUUGUUGAAGGCCAGGGGUAUGCUUACAAGGUUGGAAAGGCUUUUUAUCAGCACACGAAAAGCGAAACGAUCAGCAUGAGGAAGAAAAUCUUACUUCAAGCGAAAGUCGGUGGCCAGUUAUAUGAAGGAAAUGUCGUCAGGCAGAUUUUGGGGUUAACAAAAGGAACAUCAGAUUGGAAUAUUCAGCCAUCCAAUUUUGACAGUCGCAUUUCGGAGUCGUACCGUAUUUUUGUUCAGAGCACUUCGGUAAAUCGAACUUUAGUUUUGAAUACUAUACUUCUUUAUCAAAAUGACUAAUUGGCCAUUUCUCUUUUGCCAGCUGUAAUAAAUCUAUUAAAUUUCAUG